GCUCCGGUAACGGUCGGUGCGGGUUCAAAUGAGCCGCGGCCGGGCCGGGCCCCGCCGGGACUCGCUCUGAGCUGGGCCGGCACCGGGGCCGCGACCGGGACCGCCCCCGCUCGGGCUCGGCGACCAGGAGGCGGAGGCCGGGGAGAGCAGGAUGACGGUGCUGCAGGAACCCGUCCAGGCUGCUAUAUGGCAAGCACUUAACCACUACGCGUACCGCGAUGCCGUGUUCCUGGCAGAGAGGUUGUAUGCAGAAGUACACUCAGAAGAAGCACUGUUUUUACUGGCCACGUGUUACUACCGCUCAGGAAAGGCCUAUAAAGCUUACAGGCUCCUAAAGGGACACAGCUGUACCACUCCCCAGUGCAAAUACCUGCUUGCAAAAUGUUGUGUGGACCUCAGCAAGCUUGCAGAAGGAGAGCAGAUCUUGUCUGGUGGAGUGUUGAAUAAACAGAAAAGCCAUGAUGACAUUGUUAUGGAGUUUGGUGACUCUGCAUGCUUUACACUCUCCUUACUGGGACAUGUCUACUGCAAGACAGACCGGCUUGCCAAAGGAUCAGAAUGUUACCAAAAGAGCCUUAGUUUAAAUCCUUUCCUCUGGUCCCCUUUUGAAUCACUAUGUGAAAUAGGUGAAAAGCCAGACCCUGACCAAACAUUUAAAUUAACAUCUUUACAGAACUUCAGCAGCUGUCUGCCCAACACUUGCACAACGUUGGUGUCUAAUCACAACAUAUCCCACAGGCAGCCCGAGAGUGUCCUCAUGGAGACGCCGCAGGACACAAUUGAGUUGAACAGAAUCAACUUAGAAUCCUCCAAUUCAAAAUAUUCCUCCUUGAACUCGGAUUCUCCCGUGUCUUACAUUGACUCAGCUGUGAUUUCGUCAGAUUCUGUCCCUCUGGGCUCAGGAACUGCCAUAUUGUCUAAACAGGCUCAAAAUAAACCAAAAACUGGACGGAGUUUACUGGGGGGACCUGCAGCUUUGAGCCCACUAACUCCAAGCUUUGGAAUUUUGCCACUAGAAACCCCAAGCCCUGGAGAUGGAACCUAUUUACAGAACUACACAAACUCCUCCUCUGUAAUCGAUGUGCCAUCCACCGGAGCACCUUCAAAGAAGAAACUCUGUGUUGUGCAGACUGUCAGCAGGAUAAGCCAGGCUGGGACAAAAUCUGUCUUCUCCCAGAGUGGGAACAGUCGGGAAGUCACUCCAGUUCUUGUUGCACAAACACAGAGCUCUGGUCCACAGACAAGUACAACACCUCAGGUAUUGAGCCCCACAAUUGCUGCUCCACCAAACUCACUGCCUCGAAGAAGCUCUCGCCUGUUUACUAGUGAUAGUUCUACAACAAAGGAAAAUAGCAAAAAAUUAAAAAUGAAGUUUCCACCUAAGAUUCCAAACAGAAAAACAAAAAGUAAAACAAAUAAGGGAGGAAUAACUCAACCAAACUUAAAUGACAGUUUGGAAAUCACCAAACUGGACUCUUCCAUCAUUUCAGAAGGGAAAAUUUCCACUGUUGCACCACAAAUCCAAGCUUUUACGCUCCAGAAGGCAGCAGCAGAAGGUUUGAUGAGCCUUCUCCGGGACAUGGGGAAGGGUUAUUUGGCCUUGUGUUCCUACAACUGCAAGGAAGCGAUAAAUAUCCUGAGCCACCUGCCCUCCCACCACUACUACACGGGCUGGGUGCUGUGCCAAAUUGGGAGAGCCUACUUUGAGCUGGCAGAGUACAUGCAGGCUGAAAGAAUAUUUUCAGAAGUCAGGAGGAUUGAAAACUACAGAGUAGAAGGCAUGGAGAUCUAUUCAACCACGCUCUGGCAUCUGCAGAAAGAUGUUGCCCUUUCAGUUCUUUCCAAGGAUUUGACGGACAUGGAUAAAAACUCACCGGAGGCCUGGUGUGCUGCAGGAAACUGUUUCAGCCUCCAAAGGGAGCACGACAUUGCAAUCAAGUUCUUCCAGAGAGCCAUCCAGGUGGAUCCAAACUAUGCCUAUGCCUACACCCUGCUGGGACACGAGUUUGUGCUGACAGAGGAACUGGACAAAGCCCUGGCUUGUUUCAGAAAUGCAAUCAGAGUCAACCCCAGGCACUACAACGCGUGGUACGGGCUGGGAAUGAUUUAUUACAAACAGGAGAAAUUCAGUUUAGCAGAAAUGCAUUUCCAGAAAGCACUUGAUAUCAACCCUCAGAGCUCAGUCCUGCUGUGUCACAUCGGAGUAGUCCAACAUGCACUGAAAAAAUCUGAGAAGGCUUUGGACACGUUGAACAAAGCCAUAAACAUCGACCCCAAGAACCCCCUAUGCAAAUUCCACAGAGCCUCGGUGUUGUUUGCAAAUGAGAAGUACAAGUCAGCUUUACAAGAACUUGAAGAAUUGAAGCAGAUUGUUCCCAAAGAGUCUCUUGUUUACUUUUUAAUAGGAAAGGUUUAUAAAAAACUGGGUCAAACCCAUUUGGCCCUAAUGAACUUCUCCUGGGCCAUGGACUUGGAUCCCAAAGGAGCCAACAACCAGAUCAAAGAGGCCAUUGAUAAACGUUACCUUCCUGAUGAUGAGGAGCCAAUAACUCGAGAGGAGCAAAUCAGUGAAUGUUACCCCUAUGAAUCAGUCGGCACAGACGAGUCCCAGGAGAGCAGCAUGACGGACGCGGACGACACUCAGCUCCACGCGGUGGAAAGCGAUGAAUUUUAACCUCCAAGAGCCACUGUCUGAGCUUGAGUGUGUGUGACUGGUACUGUCGUGUCCUCCCCUUCCUUCCCAUCCUGGGUCUUCACCUCUCUGAGCCAGCACUGUCGUCGACCUCCACUGACACCACGAGUGCACCUCAGCCCCGACCUGUCCCAGGGGUCGUGGCAGUGCAAUAUCCAGCUGCUGCUGAGUCUCACUAGUUGGCUCUUACACAUUUAUCAAAGUGACUGAGGAAGAAAUGCUGGUUUUGGACUCCCCUUUGCUGGAAAAAAAUAUCAUGGAAGACAGACUUGUGCUUUGCUGUAUGGAAGGCAGUAGAUGUGGGGAUAGUACUAAUGACGAGGUGUCUUGUUCUUUUUCCAGAAAUGUGUCUUAGUUUGGGUCUUUCUUGGUAAGCAGAGUGCUGAACCUCAUUUCCAAGUUCUCCAAGGACAGUGGUGACAAACAGGACUUUUGCAUAUUGUAGUGUUUAACUUAAAUGCCAGGGAGUGUCCAUGACCUUAAAGCUGCAGUGUCUCCAGUGAGCAAACACAGGACUGGGAGCGUGUCCCACCACGGAAAACACCCCGUGGCCCUGCUUAGAGUGCAAACUGCAGGAGAAUCACAUGGCAGGAUCAAAGCUUUCAUGAAAUGCUUUCAUGUUCUAACCAUGAAUUAAUUUAUUCACCCGGUUUGGGAAAGGUCAGUGUUUACUUUGUACUUGAGUCAGCACCACCUCGCUUCGUUUUUCGUACACCCCUUGACUUGUUCUUCCCCUCUUGAGAAUAAAAAUUAAUAAAGGGCAAAAUCAAGAGACAAAUGAGAUACAAGUGUAAUGUGACAACAUCAAACCCUUAAUCCUGAGAGACUGGGAAGACUGUGGAAGCCUUAAUACAAUCAGAACCUUGGUCCAACACCUCAAGUAACUGUCUCGGGUUAGUAUCUCAUUAGACCUGUGAUCACUUUUAAAACUCUUUUGUAAAGCGUGGUCCAAGCAGGAUGCAAAAAUGUGCAAUUAUCAGUCUUUUUCCUUAUUUUUUUUUAAGCUGUUCUUUCAGUUUCUCACUCCAGGAACACUUUCCUUUUCUCCAGGGGCUGUUUCUUUGAGGAGGAAGCUGCACCACGUUAGCAAGUCCAAACUGCUCUCUGUAGCCUCCUGCAGCAGCAAUUGGUGCCCUUUGUGCAGUGAUGACAAAGAAAGUGUAUGAUAUAAGCAGUUUUAAAGAGCAAUUUAUGCCUAAUAAAUUGGGAAUGAUACAGAUUUCAUAGCAAUGUA